AUGGCAGCCACUGACGACGCCGCCGUCAGCAAGGACGGGCUCGUUAUUCCCCUCAUCGACUUUGCCAAGUUCCUCCACGGCACCGCUGAGGAACGCGCCGCCACCGCCCGCGCCAUCCUCGACGGCUUCCAGACAGCCGGCUUCAUCUACCUGCGCAACCACGCCAUCCCCACCGACGUCCUGCGCAACGCCUUCUCUCGCUCCGCCGACUUCUUCGACCUGCCGCUCGACGCCAAGCUCGCCGUCGGCUGGACGACGCCCGAGGCCAACCGCGGCUAUUCGUCGCCCGGCCGCGAAAAGGUCAGCCAGCUGCUCGACAGCGCCGACAUCGACAAGGUCCGCUCCGCCGCCCCGGACCUCAAAGAGAGCUUCGAGAUCGGCCGCGAGUCGGACCCCAGGUUCGCCAACCCCUGGCCCAGCGAGGAUGGUGAGGGCGGGCGUCGCCUCAACGGCUUUCGCGCCGACAUGCUCGACUUCCACGCCCGCUGCCAGGCCAUGCACCGUGACGUGAUGCGCGCCAUCGCCAUGGGAAUGGGCCUCCCCGACGGCUUCUUCGAGCCCUUUGUCGACGUUGGCGACAACACGCUCCGCCUGCUGCACUAUCCCGCCGUCAAUGCCGACGUCUUCAAGGUGAAUCCGGGUCAGGUCCGCGCCGGCGAGCACAGCGAUUACGGUUCCGUCACCCUGCUUUUCCAGGACAGCCGUGGCGGGCUCCAGGUCAAGAGCCCGACAGGCCAGUUCGUCGACGCCACGCCCAUCGAAGGCACCGUUGUCAUCAACGCCGGUGACCUGCUCGCCCGUUGGAGCAAUGACACCAUCAAGAGCACUAUUCACCGCGUCGUCGAGCCUCCGCGCAAGGAGGGCGUCGAGUAUCCACCCCGGUACAGCAUCGCAUACUUUUGCAACCCCAACUCUGACAGCUUCAUCGAGACGCUGCCGGGCACAUACGUCUCACCACAGGACAAAAAGUACGGGGGCAUCAACAGCGGAGAGUAUCUCGUUCAACGCCUGACUGCCACCUACUAA